AUGGCCGGGGCUCCUCGUCGCAAGCACGACCAGCGCGACUCAAAGUGUCGUGGGUUUGUGCGCAAGACGUUCGAUCGUCACGAGUGCAUGGAUCGAACGCCGGCGACGAUCCUCGACAAGUGCGCCCUUUUGCGACAGUGCAAGACCCUUUUCUGUCCGAUCUGCGCACUGCGUGCUGUGGCAGUGGGGGCAGUUUCGGAAUCGGAGCUGGCGAACCAGACCAAAGGCCAUGGGCAGCAGCACAAAAGUUCAGCAGGCGGGCCAGGCAGGCCGGUCGUCGGAGUUUUUUUCUCUCUUCUUUGCACUGGGUCGUGUGCACUUCCACCCGACCGAGACCGUUUGCGCGCGUCGAGGGAUCGGCAAGAGCAGCAGCAGCUGCAGCCAUCUGCACGAAGCUGCAUGAAGCCCUCGAAAAUUUCGCAAUUCGAAAUCGCCAAAUCGGCUGCGCUGCGAGGGCUGGCCAAGGGUGAGAGGGCUGGCCCAACACGUGCAGAUUUCAAAGCGGCUGCCAUUUUUCAAAGUCGAGCAAGCCUGCCAUCUGGCGCAUUGGUGCAUCUGGCCGUCUUUUCGCCGAGCGCUGGCUUGGCAGGGCUACGCUGGCUGAUCAAUAGAUCGCUUCCGAUCUUCAGGUUGCGUCUCGCCAGCAGCUCGCCAACACUUGGAGCUCCGAGACAGAGAGCGCGCGCUCGCGUGCAGGCGGACGAUUUAUUGUCUGCCAUGCGAACCCCUUCCUUGCACUCGCAGCUGUCUGCUGCCAAGACGUCCAAGCCGCCGCACCUCGAGCUUGGCAAGCACGACCAGGGACAGGGUCUGCGAUAG